CUCUUUCGGUUUCGAUUAGCCGGUUCUCUAGUUUUGGCAUAUAAAUCUGUGCGGUUAAAAUUUAAGGACUAUUGCAGUUGUACACAGGCCGCUAAUGGCUAUUUGUAACGGUAAUGGUAAAGAUUGGAUUGCAUAUGUCAUUGCAAUACUCAUAGCUAUUUUAGCCAUUGUGUUGAGUGUCUGUGCAUAUUUGCAGUGUACAAAAGACAAGCCGAACGGCGGCGAAGAGUCUGCGAUAGAAAGUCUUAAAGCAAUGAUCAAGAAACAAGUGGCUAAUUUAACCGACAAAGCUAAACUCGAACGUGAGGAUACCAACCGUACCAUUUCAAUUCUCAGUAAUGAAGUAACGCAACUUAAACACGACUACAUGGAACUUCUCAGCGAAACCGGAGCGCUGAACAAGACAAUAAAUUACACGACCAGUGCCACAGUUCAACGAGCUUUGAACGAGUUGAAUAAUGUCAAAGAAACUCAGAGAGUUAUUCAGAAGAAAUUGGAAGCAUUGUCUCAUCUUAAUGAUACCGCUGAAGAUUAUUUGAAUUUGGGGAAAGAAGUGAAAAAUCUUGCAACGAAGGUGAAUCAGAAUAUAACUCAUCUUGAGGAGAACCUAAAAGAUAAUCGUCGAGAAUGGGAACGAGCCCUUGACAACAAGACAUCAGAGAUCAAGUCAGACGUUUUGGCUCUUGAAAACAAAUUGGAUGAAUUUGAGCUCAAACUUGAGAACCCCAAAUUUGAGAACCGCACUCAGAACGGAACUACUAAUGGCGUUGGAGUGAUGCGCCUGACUACCAAAGUAUGUAACCUCAUGUUUUACACUAUAAUCUUCUGGACAACACUGAACGUUAUUGUACAUUUUUAGUUAACAUAUGUAUAGGAUAAACACCGAGAAGGAGGGUUUUAUGUCAGAUAAUGACCCGAGGACGCGCAGCGUCCGAGGGCAUUAUCUGACAUAAAUUCCGACUUUCGAGAUUAUUGAUUGAGGAGGUUUUCCAACAAAGUUUUGUCUGCUUUGUCCGCUUUGAACGACGAUUUUCUGAGUUUUCCUUCACCUUUUCAGCUAAUUAAUAUUCAAGGUGAUUAUUAAAAAUAAUACUGUUAGUAUAUCACCUCGGUACACGAAAGAAAACCGACUCAAUCAAGAGAUUAAUAUAACAUAUUUAUUAUACUUCAUACAUUGUAGAUCUAAUAAAGUUUGUUCUUCAGAGUUGAACUGAAUGUUUAAUAAAUUAUCUUCUUCGAUCAGAGUUCAAAUAAAAACAUAGACGACAACUAUACAUAUGCUUUCAAGAUUGUAACGAUUUGCAGUAAUUAGUCGCUAUACAUAG